AUGGACAACCUCAUGACGAACUUCACCAUCCCCUUGAAUAACCCAAAUCCCAAUGAUCCGCUCUUCCAUGUUUGCUGGCGUCGACAGUCGUGUUCAAGCUGCCUGACUGGUGAUGUUGCCUGCAGCUGGUGUGCUAUAUCCUCGACCUGUGUUCCGAAUCAAUCGCGGGUUCCAAUAUUUGCGCCAUUCGGCUCAGCAAAUAUUUGCCCUCUUGGACCCAAAGAAAGAUGGGAACUGAGGGCCCGGCCAUUUGGAUGCAAUGCUAGUACGUUUACGGUUUUAUCAAUAAUGGGUGCGGUGCUUGCGACAGUGGCGUUGGGCGCAGUAGGGGUUGGAUUUUUGUGGCUUGUGCACCGGUCCAGAUGGCGUCGGAAGGAGGCAGAGUAUGGGCAGCCUGAUGAAGGAGAAAGGGCAUAUGGGUGGCAAGGUGGGAAUUCGAGGCCUGCGUCCUUGGCCGGGUUCUUUCCUCAAUGGAAUUGGACAGUGGGUCGGACUGAAGCCGAGGAGGAAGAAGCCGAAACAAGGCCACUGUUGGAGUAG